GAAUCAAAUCCCCUUGGCAAAAGCAACUCCCAUUGCAAAAGAUUUUGCAGAUCAAACAGCGAACUACGACACUAAGCGAAGCAUGGAGGAGAUGAAUAUGAGCGGGGCUAGCAUCACAAAAGCAUUGCUUGCGGUCGUCGAAUCGGAUUCCUGUCUUCUCCCAGUCUGUUACAGGGCGGUUGCCGAGCUUUUCCGGUCCGGAAUCCCAGGACAAUGUGAAUGGUGUGGUGAUUCUCGUGAUUUGCUCCUGCGGCUUCUAUUUAAGCACUCAGGUGCGAGAUCAAAGUCGAGGGGCGAUCUGUAAUUGCUUGGAGCCUUAGAGAUAGCAAGAACCAGUGAUUUUGAUAAGCGAGAGCGAAGAGCCAUAAGGAAAGAUCACCGUGAUGCUGUCCCUGCUUCCGCUCCUCCUAUGCAUUUUCUCAAGCACCAUUCGGGCGGCACAGGGACCCUCGCCAAGGCCUUCCGUCGUGCACGUUGGAGCUCUCCUAACAUUCGAUUCCACCAUCGGAAGAGUCGCCAAGGUCGCCAUCGAUGCCGCAAGGGAGGAUGUCAACUCCGAUCCUGCUGUUCUUGCAGGCACCAGGCUGGAUGUUGAAAUGAGGGACACCAAUUGCAGUGGGUUCCUUGGCAUGGCGGAAGCUAUGCAGUUCAUGGAGUUGGAUACCGUUGCAAUAGUUGGGCCACAGUGCUCGACCAUUGCUCAUGUUAUCUCUCACGUUGCCAAUGAGCUCCAUGUUCCUUUGCUCUCAUUUUCAGCCACAGACCCUACUCUUACCGCACUUGAAUACCCCUACUUUGUGCGAACAACACAAAGUGAUCUGUUCCAAAUGGCUGCAAUAGCAGCAAUAGUAGACUACUUCCAGUGGAAGCAGGUGAUUGCUGUAUAUGUUGAUGAUGAUUAUGGCAGAAAUGGAAUAGCUGCCUUAAGUGAUGUGCUUGCUGAAAAGCGCUGCAAGUUAGCUUAUAAAGCUUCACUUUCGCCUACAGCAACAAGGACUGAUGUCACAAAUUUACUAGUGAAGAUUGCAUUGAUGGAAUCUCGCAUUAUCGUGUUGCAUUCGAAUCAAGAUUAUGGUCCUAUGAUUCUUUCUGUGGCAUAUUAUCUUGAAAUGAUGUCUAAUGGGUAUGUUUGGAUCUCGACAGAUUGGCUUUCUUCUCUGUUAGAUUCCAAAGGACCUCUUUCUUCCUACACAAUGUCCACAAUGCAAGGGAUCAUUACACUUCGCCAGCACACAGAAGAAUCGGACAGGAAGAGUGAUUUAAUUUCUAGGUGGAGCAACUUGACCAGAAAGGAGAGCGGGAACUUUCGACUUAACUCUUAUGGUUUCUAUGCGUAUGAUACUGUGUGGAUGUUGGCUAAGGCAAUAGACUCUUUCUUUGAUGAUGGUGGAAUCAUUUCCUUCUCGAAUGAUUCAAGAUUACAAGAUUCCACAGCGGGAACUCUUCACCUUGAUGCAAUGAAUAUAUUUAAUGGCGGAGAUCUUCUGCUUGAUAAGGUAAGAAGCACCCAUUUUGACGGCAGCACUGGAGUUUUUCAGUUUGAUUUCGAUGGGAAUCUCAUUCAUCCGGCAUAUGAUAUUAUAAAUGUGAUUGGAACUGGAUCAAGAACUAUUGGCUACUGGUCCAAUUAUUCCGGUUUAUCAGUUGUGCCUCCUGAAACCUUGUAUACAAAGCCACUUAAUGUUUCUCCUUCAAGGGAUCAACUCUACAGCGUCAUCUGGCCCGGUGAAACAACAAUUAGACCUCGAGGAUGGGUCUUUCCUAACAAUGGGAAAGAACUAAAAAUUGGUUACCCUCUAAGAGUUGGUUAUACGGAAUUCGUCUCAAAGUCACCAACAACUGACACUGCUAAAGGUUACUGCAUUGAUGUCUUUACUGCUGCUGUCAACUUACUGCCUUAUGCUGUUCCUUUCAAGUUGAUACCAUUUGGGGAUGGGCAUGACAAUCCUAACUACACAGCACUGGUAAAUAUGGUUGCCACACAGGAAUUUGAUGCUGCUGUUGGUGAUAUCGCCAUUGUUACUAGUCGGACGAAGAUUGUUGACUUCACACAGCCAUAUUUGUCUUCUGGUCUUGUUAUAUUAGCUCCAAUCAGAAGGCACAAAUCAAAUGCUUGGGCAUUCCUACAACCCUUUACUCUGGAGAUGUGGUGUGUUAUAGGCAUUUUAUUUAUCAUGAUAGGAACUGUAGUUUGGACGCUUGAACACCGGCUCAAUGAUGAGUUUCGUGGCCCUCCAAGGAAACAAUUGAUCACAAUCUUUUGGUUCAGCUUCUCAACCUUGUUUUUUGCACACAGAGAGAGCACUGUGAGCACGCUAGGACGUUCAGUGCUACUAAUCUGGCUUUUUGUGGUACUGAUCAUCCAAUCUAGCUACACUGCAAGCUUGACAUCGAUCCUCACAGUGCAAAAGCUCUCAACGACCGUAGAAGGAAUUGAUAGCUUGAGAACCGGCAAUGGAUUUAUCGGGUUUCAGGUUGGUUCGUUUGCUGAAAAUUAUAUGGUCGAGGAGCUAAGGAUUCCCAGAUCCAGACUUAAAGCCCUCUCGCCAGAAGAGUAUGCCGAAGCCCUUGAACUGGGCUCCGAUAAUGGAGGUGUUACUGCCAUUGUCGAUGAACUUGGCUACGUUGAGAUUUUCCUAUCAAAAAAUUGCCAAUUCUCAAUCGUUGGACCAGAAUUUACCAAAAAUGGCUGGGGUUUUGUCUUCCAAAGGGACUCUCCUUUAGCGGUUGACAUGUCGACAGCAAUUCUCACUUUGUCUGAGAAUGGAGAUCUCCAGAGGAUCCACGACAAAUGGUUCACAAGGGCUGCUUGCUUCUCUGAAUCAGAAGAAAUCGAUUCAGAACGGCUCAGUCUUAGCAGCUUCUGGGGGUUGUUUCUCAUAUGUGGGAUCUCAUGCUUCUUGGCUCUCCUCAUAUACUUAACCGGCGUGAUAUACCAGUACAUCCAUCUACCUUCCACUCAUCAGCAAGACCCUUCCAGCCAUAGAAUGUCUAAAUUGGGACGCAGCUUUCGCGAGUUCUUUUCGUUUCUCAACGACAAGGAAGAGGACGUCGAGAAGAGAUAUUCUCAGAGAGGACACAAGCCCGACGGUGAUGUCUCUGUUAACCUUGAAACAUGAGGAUGAUGUAUGUAUAUGUGCUCGGUAUAUAUAUCAUACUUGUCAGGGUUCAGUUGUCCUUUACUUGAAACAUCAGUUGUUUCGAUGGAUUGCCAACCAUGAAGCAAAUGGCGAUGGGCCUAAUGUAAUAUCGGUGUGUAAGGAUGCAUGACUUCUCUGAUUUGAGUAGCUCUGAAUCCAAAAUGUUAUUAGAGAUCAACACGAACAUUAUAGUACUUUCAAUAAAGCUACUAU